AAACUGAAAGGCGUAGACGGUAUCUCGAGAUGGUUUAGGGGAGCUUUAUCGUCAGAAUGCUGUAAACAGUAGCAGUUUCCGGUGUCCAUACAGGUACGUCAACAUCAGCAGAAGUUUAGAUCUACGGGAGUCGGGACAGAUGUAGGACGUUCCGUAGCCAUUCACUGCAAUCAUCUGCCAAUCCUAACAAUACAGGGCUGGCAGUAUGGAGUGUGACAAAAGUAUGGAAGGAGAUAAAAUAGAGCGUUUGCGGGAACGGAUCCUCCAGUGUCCCAUCUGCAUGGAUGAGUUUCAAGAUCCACGCAUAUUGCCCUGUCACCACUCUGUGUGUCUGAACUGUUUACUAGACUAUGUCCGACAUUCUUCCUCAUCUGGUCGCCUUUUCAGAUGUCCACAAUGCAGGAGUGAUGUUUGUGUGCCGAGAGGUGGAGUCAAAGACUUCCCACCCAAUUUCUAUAUCAACUGUAUCCAGGAUGAAAUUGGGGCAAGGCCAUACUUUGGUGUGUGUGAUGUAUGUCGUCGAGAUUGGCUUGUUUCACAGUACCGCUGUAUCAAUUGCGACCUUGACAUUUGUAAGUUUUGUAUACAUAACCAUCGUCUGUUCAGCCAUGGAAUAGAAGAGGAAGCAAACAUAAUGAAGAUAGAGACUGGUAACAUUGGUACAGUGUUGUCGUCACAACGUACCUGUUCCACUCAUGAUGGUGAGACCCUCCACAUGUUUUGUGCAACAUGUGACAUCCUAGUAUGCAUGACAUGUGUGUGUGAGGAACACAAGAAACACGAUACCCAGCCACUGGGACGUAAACUAAGCCUAGCCCAGCAAGAGCUACAAACAGAGUUGGACCAAGUAGGAGUGGAGAUGGCCCAUAUUGACCAAGUGACGGGGGAAGUGAAUGACCUACGUACCAAAAUUCUGCAGGAUCGAGAGGCCUGUGUACGGGCACUGCGUGGACAAGCUCGGGCUCUCACUCUUGAGAUAGAUGCCCAAGCAGAGAAUCUGAUAAGCCAGCUAAAGGAGGAUGGAAGUGUUGCUGCACUGGAAACCUACUCUACUCAACUGGCCAGUUAUAGAGACCAGCUCCAGCGUGGCACACAAUUUUUGGAGAAUCUUGAGGAGGGUGACAUAAGUCUGGAGCUCAUUGACACAUACCGUCGUUAUCAAAAUAGUAUGUCAGAGUGUAAGAAGGGACUAGCUGGUCACUCCCUGAUACAUCACCACCCGUCCUUCUCACCAGGACAAAUACGCAAAGCUGGCCAAUGCAGAUUCUUUCACUUUGGACGGCUAAUGAAUAAGCACGAGCAGACAACGUUUCUUCCUCUUCAACAAAAGAAAGGAAGUUGGAGAGGUAGGAUGGAUGUUAUCUUUGGAAGACUUGUUACAUGUACAGGGUGGUGGCCAGCACUGGUUGCUGUGAUCACUCUUGCAAUGGUUGUCACCUUAAUUGACUUGUCACUUAAACUCUACCUGUCGCCAGGCACCUUCACCCAGACCUUUGUUGGUUUUACUUUUGUUCUGUAUGUCAGUGUAGCAGCAGCUUGUGCUUAUGUCAAAACAUAAGACUUGGCUUGAUGUAGGAAAAGAUGUGGCAAUUGGCAUUGAUGUAAAAGAUAGAGCUGCAUACAUGUAAUUUCUUCCCAUGUUUUCGGAAAAUGUGCAUAGAAAACUACCUUUUAUACAUUUUAAAUUUGAUAAUGUGCUAUUGUGUAUUAUAUAUUUCUGCAUCAUUCUAGCACUUCAAUAUUGGCAUAUAUAUUUAUCAAACUACAGGCUGUCCAGCACUUCUUGACAAAAAAUUAGGGCUAAAAUUACAAAAUUUUAGGGCAAAUUUAGGGCUAAAAUUAUGAAUUUUGUAACUAGAAUAGGAAGUUUGAAAGCAUUAAACUGACUUACGUUUGCAAAUUUGACAAAAUAGAAACUAGCAUACAAUGCCUUAAUUGCAGGAAAGGUGUCUUCCAGGGUUUCAGUGUCCCAGCUGCUGUUGGCUGUGAUCUUAAGAAUCACACCUCUGUCACUCGGUCACAACCAAUAACAAUCUGGGUACAUAGAUCCACUGGUCAACUGCCUUUCAUUGUCUACCCUGAAUUAGAACUACAGACUACAUUAAAAUACAUUUUAAGUAUGAAUUUAAUGAAAACAUUUUCAGUAAAUUGUAAGAAAUAUAAAAAAAGUAGGAACUGAAGUGAAAAAGUGGGGCUUUUUUAGGAAUUCCCUUUGAAUUUUUCCUUUUUUUUUUUAGGAAUUUUAGGGACGCUGGACAGCCUGAAACUAAUAUAGGAAGAACUGGACAUGGUUCUGAAGGAUUGUGUAGCAAAGUCUCAUUCCUAUUUGGUGUUUUCAGUGUUUUUAUGCUCCCCAAAAAUUUUCGGGGGAGCAUCUAGUCGCUGCCUUGUCUGUCCUUUCAUGUCCGGAUCCGGAGCAUAACUUGCCCACAGUUAGGAGCAAGGAUCAUGAAACUUGGUGUAUACACCAGUCAUACUAAGGGGAUGUGCAGUGUACCAGAUUCAGGUCCUGCAACCCCUUGUUUACAGAAUUCUGGCCCUUUGUUAAAGUCGCUUUCAGGGAGUAUUCAUCAGUUUCACUGAUAACUCUUGUUUGUUCUAGAAGUUAAUAAAAUGCAGUUGUUUUACAUGGACUAUAUUCACAUUUAUUUUUUGAGGAUAUGCUUUUGUGAUAGGCUGAUAGUUCAGUAUUACAUUUUGUAUACCAUGUAUGAAAAGAUGCUAUUUUCAUGGUAAAAAUUUCAAAAUUGUUGAAAGAAAUAGCAACAAAUUUUGAAUACCCAGUACAAGUCUUCCAACAUAUUGCUGUCCUUAUGGGUAAGAAAUGCCUGUAAAUGUGAUAUGUGUUAAAAGAAAUUUUGUUAAGUAUGAAGUAUGCUUUAGUACUAACGCAAUGCAGAGCAUUAUAUGUAUUUAAACUAAAAUGUUAUUUU